AUGUUGUCCAUUCUGAAGAAUGAUCUGGUAACUGGAGCGAGCAAAAAAGACCUCUUGAUCAGGAAGAGGGAGCUUGACUGGUUCACGCGAAACUACUGGAUCAUUGCGACGCAAGCUACAGUCGUGGCUGGCUUCUCAUUCCAUCAGCUUUCAAGCCCUCCACCAGAAGAAGCCACUGCAUUUUCCGCGUUGUUGCACAUUACCCUGACAAGUCUCAGCUUCAUUCUUGCCCUCUAUGUUAUCGUCAACUGCACCUUCUCCUGCAUCCUGGCCCCCGGUCUCGCCUUGAGAGGAGCGGACGGUUUUGAGUCAAUGCAAACCGCAAUCCGAUACCUGAGGCAGCAACAAGACCGCAUCCUCUGGUGCUUCAUGAUUUCGCUCGCCUGUUUCGUUUUAGCGAGUUUCAUGAUUGUACAUGUCUUCGGACGUCGCCAAAGGCUUGCGGUGAGGAUCGAGAGUGUGCUACUCUUUGUUGCACUCGCUAUCGCGUUCAUGGCGGCUCGAGCUAUCAUGCUUUUCCAGCAUGGCAGCGCGGCAAGAAGCGGCAUCAACACGAUUGAAGAGAAGUAUGGAAAGGUCGGAGAUAUUGAUGCCAUGGUCAGUCGUCGUUUCUAA